AUGGACAAUUGUAACUUAUUCCUUUUUCUGCAGUUUCUUUUUCUUCUUUUUCCUCUUCUUCUGGCUUCCUCUACUAAGGAUAGACAGGUAUACAUCGUGUACCUCGGGGAGCAUCAUGGAGAUAAAACCCACCAAGAGAUAGAAGAAAACCAUCACUCGUAUUUGUUCUCUGUGAAGGAAACUGAGGAAGAUGCAAAAUCUUCUCUUAUUUACAGCUACAAAAACAGUAUUAAUGGCUUUGCCGCUUUUCUUACCCAACAAGAAGCUUCGGAUAUUUCGGAAAGGGAGGAGGUUGUGUCGGUGUUUCAGAGUCAUCCGGGAAAAUACGCAUUGCACACGACGAGGUCAUGGGAGUUUUCGGCCUUACAAGAGUCGACAAAUUCAAGCAAUAUUGAUAAAAACUCUUUGUUAUACAAAUCUGGAUAUGGCAAGGACAUCAUUAUUGGCAUGCUUGACUCGGGUAUUUGGCCAGAAUCUGAAAGCUUCAAUGAUGAAGGGAUGGAUGUCGUACCAAAACGAUGGAAAGGAACCUGCCAAGCUGGCCACAAAUUCAACUCCUCAAAUUGUAAUAACGCGGGGAACGAGGGUCCCACAUCGGCCACCGUAGUUAAUCCGGCUCCGUGGACAAUCACGGUCGGUGCCAGCAGCAUCGACAGGGUUUUCUCGUCAGCAGUCGUGCUCGGGAGUGGCGCCCAUAUCAAGGGCCAAUCAAUGUCUACUUAUGAGAUGGAAAACAAGAUGCAUCCAUUGGUUUUCGCGGGUGAUGUAACCAUGCCCGACGUGCCCAAAAAUGAAUCCGGGCAAUGUUUACCAGAUUCCCUUUCUCCUGACAAUGUGAAAGGUAAAAUCGUACUGUGCUGGAGAGGAGACGGGUCGAGAGUCGGCAAAGGCGCGGAAGUGAAAAGAGCCGGCGGCAUUGGUUAUAUCUUAGGAAAUAAUAAAACUUACGGGAACCAAUUAUCUGCCGAUUCCCAUGUUCUUCCAGCAACGCACGUUACGUACGAGGAUGCUCUCCGUAUUCUGGAGUAUAUAGACACUGCAAAACAACCAAGCGCGCUCAUCACGCCAGCUAAGACGGUUCUGGGCAGCACAAGGGCACCUGUCAUGGCUGAUUUCUCCAGCAGAGGUCCCAGCAUAAUAUCACCCCAAAUUUUGAAGCCGGACAUCACGGCUCCAGGAUUUAAUAUACUUGCUGCUUGGAGUGGAGCAUCUUCUCCGACAGGUUUGCCCGGAGAUAAUCGGGUUGUAAAUUAUAAUAUUGUAUCGGGCACAUCUAUGGCCUGCCCGCACGUAGCAGGCGCUUUGGCCCUUCUCAAGGCCGUUCAUCCCAACUGGAGCAGCGCCGCAUUAAGAUCAGCUCUCAUGACUUCCGCAAGGUUGGUCGACAAUGAAGGGAAACCCAUUACGGAUGCAUCCGGAAGCCAAGCUGGCCCGUUCGACUUCGGGUCGGGUCAAUUCGACCCAAACAGAGCAAUCGACCCGGGGCUCGUGUAUGAUGCAGCUUACGAGGACUACCUCGUCUUCCUAUGCGGCAUUAAGAAAUUACCAUCUCCAAUCGACCUCAACUACCCGUCGCUAGCCAUACCCAAACUCAAAAGCACAGUCACCGUCACUCGAACGGUCACAAAUGUGGGCCCCGCUCGGAGCGUGUACUCUUCCAGCAUACAGCCUCCACCGGGGACCGACGUGAAAAUACGGCCUUCGGAGCUGCGUUUUAACCAAACCGGUCAGAAGAUGAGUUUCACCAUCACAGUAAAAAGGGAUGGUAAAUUUACGGGGCAGGUUGGGAAAGACAAUUACACGUUCGGAUCGUACAAGUGGUGUGAUGGAGUUCAUGUUGUCCGGAGUCCUAUGGCUGUUUCACUUGCUCUCUAG